CUGGCUCUCCGGAGGCGCCGUAGCAGGGCGGUCGCUGCCUGCAGGUGAGCAGGCUGAGGCGGGUCUCCUCUGAACCCAGCAGCUGGUGCUCCUGUUUUACUAUCCACCGACUUGACGAUACAGGAAGAUGGAGAGGAAGAAGGUGCAGGAAGGCAUAUGCCAGGCUGUAGCGCAGACAGUCGCAGCAGCAGCAAGUCAGUAAGUGAGACUGCACCAUUUUCUUCUCGCCCUGCAUAAAGACGAUGUGAGGAGCUGAAAGGAGCUGCCCCCUCCCCCCGCUGGUGGUUAUGCUGAAGUGGAUCCUUCCUUCUAGUCAGAAGACACAGCCUAUCUGGAGGAGUCCCCAAAGACCUUUCCAAUUUGGUGAUGUGUGUUUAAAGGCUGACUUUUUUUCUUUUUUUCUUUUUCCUUGGCUAAGUCUGAAGCUUGCCUUCGCUUGCAGUCACAGCCAAGCUGAAGAGGUUUCAGCCUGCUACCAGAUAUUUGCUAGUUGCUCUCGGAUUGUGAGUGUGUGUCUGCGAGCACUUUCACACGUUGCAUGUGUGGAUGUGGCUCUGAUUCAGAGCAUGUUGAAGUUGUGCUGAAUUAUGGGUGCUGCAGAGGCUGGGGCUGAGCCUUAACCUUUUCUGGGUGUCGGUGGAGCAAGAGUGGAUUGCACAGCAAGUUCUGGUGUGCAGCCAGCGCCCUUGCAGAAAAAAUAAAUCACCUGGAUAUCCGAGCGUGGUGGAAACGGCUUCCUUGGAGCUGGUGUUUCCCUCUCCAAAAUGGCUCAUGCAGCUGCUUCCAUUAAAAAAGUUCGAGAGUCUGAACUUGAAGAGAGAGAGAGAAACCUUGAGAAGGAGAGGAAAAAGCAGCGAAAAAUCUCUAGGGCAGAUCGGAAACGCAAGUCUGACAGCAAUGCAAGCUUUCUCCGAGCUGCAAGAGCUGGCAAUCUGGACAAAGUAGUGGAAUACCUGAAGAGUGGAAUAGACAUUAACACAUGUAAUCAGAAUGGACUCAAUGCUCUGCACCUGGCUGCUAAAGAAGGGCAUGUGGGACUGGUACAAGAAUUAUUGGAAAGAGGGUCAGCUGUGGAUUCUGCCACUAAGAAAGGGAAUACAGCCCUGCACAUUGCAUCCUUAGCAGGACAGGCUGAAGUUGUCAAAGUUUUGGUUAAGGAAGGAGCCAAUAUCAAUGCACAAUCUCAGAAUGGCUUCACUCCUUUAUAUAUGGCAGCUCAAGAGAAUCACAUUGAAGUGGUAAAAUAUCUCCUGGAAAAUGGAGCCAACCAAAGCACAGCUACUGAGGAUGGCUUCACUCCAUUAGCUGUUGCAUUGCAGCAAGGACACAAUCAGGCAGUGGCCAUCCUCCUGGAAAAUGACACCAAGGGGAAAGUGAGAUUACCAGCUCUGCAUAUUGCCGCUAGAAAAGAUGAUACCAAAUCAGCAGCACUCUUACUUCAGAAUGACCAUAAUGCUGAUGUGCAGUCCAAGAUGAUGGUGAAUAGGACGACUGAGAGUGGCUUUACACCUUUGCACAUAGCUGCACACUAUGGAAAUGUCAAUGUGGCAACACUUCUGCUAAACCGAGGAGCUGCAGUUGAUUUCACAGCCAGGAAUGGAAUCACCCCACUGCAUGUGGCUUCCAAAAGGGGAAACACAAACAUGGUGAAGCUCUUGUUGGAUCGCGGAGGGCAGAUCGAUGCCAAAACCAGGGAUGGACUCACCCCUCUCCACUGUGCUGCAAGAAGUGGGCAUGACCAAGUUGUGGAGCUGCUUCUGGAACGAGGUGCCCCACUGCUUGCAAGGACCAAGAAUGGACUUUCUCCACUUCACAUGGCAGCCCAAGGUGACCACGUGGAGUGUGUCAAACAUCUACUGCAGCACAAAGCUCCCGUUGAUGAUGUCACACUGGAUUACCUGACCGCCCUCCAUGUGGCCGCACACUGUGGCCACUACCGUGUCACCAAACUCCUUCUGGACAAGAGAGCAAAUCCCAAUGCUCGUGCCCUGAAUGGUUUUACUCCACUGCACAUUGCCUGCAAGAAAAAUCGCAUCAAAGUCAUGGAACUCCUGGUGAAAUAUGGGGCUUCAAUCCAGGCUAUAACAGAGUCGGGCCUCACACCAAUACAUGUGGCUGCAUUUAUGGGCCACUUGAACAUAGUCCUCCUUCUGCUGCAGAACGGAGCCUCUCCCGAUGUCACUAACAUUCGUGGAGAGACCGCUCUACACAUGGCAGCACGUGCUGGGCAGGUGGAAGUAGUUCGCUGUCUCCUGAGAAACGGGGCCCUGGUUGAUGCCCGAGCCAGGGAAGAACAGACUCCACUGCACAUUGCCUCUCGCUUGGGUAAAACAGAGAUCGUCCAACUUCUGCUACAGCACAUGGCCCACCCUGAUGCUGCAACCACUAAUGGAUAUACUCCACUGCACAUUUCUGCCAGAGAGGGACAAGUUGAUGUUGCAUCAGUUCUCUUAGAGGCAGGUGCCUCACACUCCAUGUCCACCAAAAAGGGAUUCACGCCUUUGCACGUGGCAGCCAAAUACGGGAGCCUGGAAGUGGCGAAGCUCCUGCUGCAGCGCCGUGCCUCUCCGGAUUCAGCUGGCAAGAACGGCCUCGCCCCGCUGCACGUCGCGGCGCACUACGACAACCAGAAGGUGGCGCUGCUGCUGCUCGAGAGGGGCGCCUCCCCCCACGCCACCGCCACGAAUGGAUACACCCCUCUGCAUAUUGCUGCAAAGAAAAAUCAGAUGCAGAUAGCUACCACUCUAUUGAACUAUGGGGCUGAGACCAACAUUUUGACCAAACAGGGAGUGACCCCACUUCAUUUGGCCUCCCAAGAAGGUCACGCUGACAUGGUGACCUUGCUUUUGGAGAAAGGAUCUAACAUCCAUGUGGCAACAAAGACUGGACUGACGUCUUUACACCUUGCAGCUCAAGAGGAUAAAGUGAAUGUAGCUGAAAUCCUGACAAAACAUGGUGCAAACCAAGAUGCUCAGACAAAGCUGGGUUAUACACCUUUAAUUGUGGCAUGUCACUAUGGAAACAUCAAAAUGGUGAAUUUCCUUCUCAAGCAGGGAGCAAAUGUUAAUGCUAAAACAAAGAAUGGAUACACCCCUCUCCAUCAAGCUGCUCAACAAGGCCACACUCACAUCAUCAAUGUUCUUCUCCAACACGGGGCCAAGCCCAAUGCCAUCACCACUAAUGGUAACACUGCCUUAGCUAUCGCAAGGCGUCUGGGAUACAUCUCAGUGGUCGAUACGCUGAAGGUUGUAACGGAGGAGAUUACUACUACCACAACUACUGUAACAGAAAAGCACAAGCUAAAUGUACCUGAAACAAUGACCGAGGUCCUGGAUGUUUCAGAUGAGGAAGGUGAUGACACAAUGACAGGAGAUGGAGGAGAGUACCUUAGGCCAGAAGACCUCAAAGAACUAGGAGAUGACUCUUUACCGAGCAGCCAGUUCCUAGAUGGUAUGAACUACCUGAGGUACAGCUUGGAAGGAGGACGAUCUGACAGCACCAUGCCCAGCCUGCGAUCCUUCAGUUCAGACAGGUCCCACACACUGAGCCAUGCGUCCUACCUGAGGGACAGUGCCAUGAUUGACGAUGCAGUGGUAAUCCCCAGCCAGCAGGUAACGACUCUGGCCAAAGAAGCUGAAAGGAAUUCAUAUCGCUUAAGCUGGGGCCCUGAAAACUUGGACAAUGUGGCUCUUUCUUCCAGCCCUAUUCAUUCAGGCUUCCUAGUUAGUUUCAUGGUGGAUGCUCGUGGGGGUGCUAUGAGAGGUUGCAGACACAAUGGACUGCGAAUCAUUAUUCCUCCACGGAAAUGCACUGCUCCAACGCGAGUGACUUGCCGGUUGGUCAAACGCCACAGACUGGCCACCAUGCCUCCCAUGGUGGAAGGAGAAGGUCUGGCCAGCCGCCUCAUUGAAGUGGGACCUUCUGGUGCGCAGUUUCUUGGGCCUGUGAUUGUGGAGAUUCCCCAUUUUGCUGCUCUGCGUGGGAAGGAGAGAGAGCUGGUGAUCCUGCGCAGUGAGAAUGGGGACAGCUGGAAGGAGCAUUUCUGUGAAUACACUGAGGAUGAACUGAAUGAAAUCCUGAAUGGGAUGGAUGAAGUACUUGACACUCCAGAGGAGCUUGAGAAGAAGCGUAUCUGCCGCAUUAUCACACGGGAUUUCCCGCAGUACUUUGCGGUGGUGUCCCGGAUCAAACAGGACAGCAACCUUAUUGGACCUGAGGGAGGUGUGCUGAGCAGCACUGUUGUACCACAAGUGCAGGCAGUCUUCCCAGAAGGGGCCCUAACUAAGCGAAUUCGUGUUGGCCUCCAGGCCCAACCUAUGCAUACUGAACUUAUAAAGAAGAUUUUAGGCAACAAGGCUACCUUCAGUCCUAUAGUCACGCUGGAGCCCAGGAGAAGGAAAUUCCAUAAACCAAUCACAAUGACAAUUCCCAUCCCCAAAGCCUCCAGUGAUGGGAUCAUGAAUGGUUACGGAGGUGACACACCCACUUUAAGGUUACUGUGCAGCAUAACAGGAGGAACCACCCCUGCCCAGUGGGAAGACAUCACAGGAACAACACCGCUGACCUUUGUUAAUGAAUGUGUUUCCUUCACAACAAAUGUGUCUGCCAGAUUUUGGCUGAUAGACUGUCGGCAGACGCAAGAAUCUGUUACUUUUGCUUCCCAAGUGUACAGAGAAAUUAUCUGUGUCCCUUACAUGGCCAAAUUUGUGGUGUUUGCCAAAUCGCAUGAUCCUAUUGAAGCACGGUUAAGAUGUUUUUGCAUGACAGAUGACAAGGUGGAUAAAACUUUAGAACAACAAGAAAACUUUGCUGAAGUUGCCAGAAGCAGGGAUGUAGAGGUAUUAGAGGGAAAACCCAUCUAUGUUGAUUGUUUUGGCAAUUUGGUGCCACUAACAAAGAGUGGGCAACAUCAUAUAUUCAGUUUUUUUGCCUUCAAAGAAAACAGACUUCCUCUGUUUGUUAAGGUGCGAGAUACCACUCAAGAACCCUGUGGACGAUUAUCAUUCAUGAAGGAGCCAAAAUCUACGCGAGGCCUCGUUCAUCAAGCCAUAUGUAAUUUAAACAUCACUCUACCUGUUUACACAAAGGAAUCAGAAUCAGAUCAAGAACAGGAAGAAGAGGUUGAUGCGACUUCAGAAAAAAAUGACGAGACUGAAUCUACAGAAACAUCUAUCCUGAAAAGCCAUCUGGUUAAUGAAGUCCCUGUACUAGCCAGUCCAGAUCUGUUGUCUGAAGUUUCUGAGAUGAAACAAGAUUUGAUCAAAAUGACUGCCAUCUUGACAACUGACCCUUCUGAUAAAUCAGGCUCCAUUAAGGUGAAAGAUCUCGGAAAACCCACUGAAGAAGAGCCAGGAGAACCUUUUGAAAUAGUUGAAAGGGUGAAAGAAGACUUAGAAAAAGUAAAUGAAAUUCUGAGAGGUGGAUCCUAUACCACAGAAGAACAUGUUUUGCAGAAGUCCCUUUCCAAACAGGAAUUUGUAGAGGAAGAAUGGGUCAUUAUUAGUGAUGAAGAAAUUGAAGAGGCUAGAAGAAAUGCUCCUUUAGAAGUCACUGAACCUACCAGCGUAGAAGUCAGGAUAGACAAAGGGACAACUGAAAUGAAGACAGACGUGACAGGAAGGGUAGAUCACGUUACAGAGGAUUUAAAAACAUACGUUUCUCUUCAUGAGGUACAGCCACCAGCCUUACAAGAAGACUUAGUAGAAGAGAGAUUUGAAGCUGUAGUAAUAAGCAGGGAUUCUGAAAAAGAGGGACAGGAAUCUCCAAAAACUGAAACACUAAGUCCACAGGAGCAACAGAAGCCAGCCUUAGAAAUUAAAAAACCAGUUAGGAGGAAAUUAAGAGACAAGCAAAAGGAAGGCAAGAUGCACAGCAGUGAAGAACAACCAGGACUAACAAAGUUCAGUUCAGAUGAGUCGCUCGAUGAGGAACCUGGCUUAACCCCAACAGCUGCUCCUGAGGCUAGCGCUGUAUCCCCGGUCAUAGAGGAAACUCCUAUUGGCUCAAUAAAAGACAAAGUUAAAGCCCUUCAGAAAAGAGUGGAAGAUGAACAAAAAAUACGUUCAAAACUGCCUGUCAGAAUUCAAACAAGAGAAGGCACUGCUGAAAAGGGUCCUAAAAGACCAGGACAAGUUAAAAAAACAGUAGUGCACAAAGCACAACCGCCUGUUUCACCUUCUUCUAAGACAGAAAGACUUGAAGAGACCAUGUCAGUUCGUGAACUGAUGAAAGCCUUCCAAUCAGGCCAAGAUCCAUCCAAGAACAUAUCUGGACUGUUUGAGCACAAAUCUGUCAAACAAAAGCAACAGCUCCCUGAGAAGGAACCAACACGGAGAAAAACUAUUUCUUCACAGAGUGAAACGAGGCGAGUAUUAAGCCACAAGACAGACAAACAGAAGGAGAAACAAAGCGGGAUACUAAAAGCAGAGAAAGAGCCACAACCAAAAAAAGGAAGAAUGCAAACUUCUACUGCUACCACUGGCAAGCAAGCUGUAAGUAAAGAGCAGGUAAAAGAGCAGAGCUGUGAAACAACUGGACCUGUCUCUCCAGUAUUUGGUGAUGAAAGUGCCAAAGGUACAGCACUUGUGAAGGGCAAGGUUUCUGAUGACCAGGGAGAUACUGACUUCCAGAUCAGCCCUGACAGAAAAACCUCAACAGACUUUUCUGAUGUCAUUAAAGAAGAGCUUGAGGAUAAUGACAAAUACCAACAGUUCCGACACCUUUCAGUCACAGAGGAGGGAGAGCUUCACUUAGAGCAAGUGCUGACCAGUCCAUUCGAUGUUGCUUUCCCAACAGAGUAUGUGAAAGACGGAUUCCUUCCUGCUCUGUCUCUGCAAAGUGCUGCUUUUGAUGGGAGCUCAGAGAGCCUUAAACAUGAAGGUGUUGCAGAUUCUCCAGGUAGCCUGCUUGAUGGAACCCCUCAGAUCAGCUCUGAGGAAAGUUAUAAGCAUGAGGGUCUGGCAGAGACUCCAGAAACGAGCCCUGAAAGCCUUUCCUUCUCACCAAAGAAAACUGAUGGGCAAAUUGAAGAAGCUAACGGAGCAGCUAGAGCACACACAACAGCAGAAACAAGUUCUCCGAAGGAACUCUCUCCAAAGGAAGAUGAAAAAGGUAUUACUGAAAAACAGCUAGAUGCUGUUACUGAGACUAGUAAGUCUCAAUCUGACCAGGUAUCAGAAGAGCUUGUACCUACAGCCUCUGAAGAAGAGGCUGAUAAAGAAAGUAGCUCAGCUUCCAUUAUGAAAGAUAUUAGCAGGGAUAAAGAAUCCAGAACCACUGCACAUUUAACUAAGUCUUCAGAAACACAUGACACUGCUUUAGAGAAAGAAAAAGAUAUAACCUGUGAACGCCGUGUUGUUGGUAGAAGUCCCCAGAAAUUGGAACUUUCACUUGCUAGCCAUGAUAGUGAAAGCUUUAGCCCAGUUGCAGAUGACUCUUUGGCUAUAAGUCAUAAAGACUCACUGGAAGCAAGCCCAGUGCUAGAAGAUAACUCAUCACACAAAACGCCUGAUUCGUUGGAGCCCAGUCCUAUGAAAGAGUCUCCCUGCCGCGAUUCUCUUGAAAGUAGCCCUGUAGAACAAAAAGUGAAAGCUGGUAUUCUGGGGCAGGGUCCUCUUCAGUCUGUUCUUAGCAAAGCAGAAACCUGCCCAGAGCUGGCGUCGGUGCGCUCCAGGAUUCUCCGUGACCCUGAGGGAAGUGCUGAUGAUGACAGCCUAGAGCAAACAUCCCUCAUGGAGAGUUCAGGGAAAAGUCCUCUUUCACCUGAAACUCCUAGUUCUGAAGAAAUUAGCUAUGAAAUCACACCUAAAACAGCAGAUUCGCAGGCAUUGUCAAACAUAUCAAAGUCAGCCAUGAUCCCUGAAGUCAGUGAAGAACCAGAGGAUGAUUCAGAAAGUGAGACAAAGAAAAGAUUCACCCCAGAAGAGGAGAUGUUUAAAAUGGUGACCAAAAUCAAAACGUUUGAUGAACUAGAACAAGAAGCAAAGCAGAAGAGAGAUUACAAAAAGGAUUGUAAGCAAGACGAAUCUUCUGAAGGUGCUGAUUCAGAAGCUACGUGUGAAGUUGAAGCACCAGAGUCGACAGCUAUAGAAGGAAAAGACACACCUACAGUGGUGAUGUCUGCAGCUGAAUCUAGAAAAAGUUCUUCCUCUUCAGCCAGUGAGCCAGAGCUGACUCAGCUAAAAAAAGAAGCUGACUCAGGCCUCUUAAUGGAGCCUGUGAUCCGAGUGCAGCCACCUUCACCAUUACCAUCCAGUAUUGAUUCCAGUUCUAGCCCUGAAGAAGCAGGUUUUCAACCCAUUGAUUCAAAGCAAUGUUCUUUGAGGAGAGGUGAGGUUAAAGCAGAACAGGAUAAGCCAGUAGAAGAUGACAAAGAGGAACAGCUUCUCCUUGGGGGAAGCUGUAAGGCUUCCACAAGGGAAUCAGGCAUUUGUCAUUCUGAUGGCUGUGUAUCAGCAGAAGCUGAUGAAUCAAAAUACGAUAGUACAGAUGAGAGAGAGACAGCUAGCCCCAGUGCCCCAGUCACACACUUUGAGGGCACUUUGUGUCAUUCCCUUGGUGACAGUUCUCAAAAAGAAGUUCACGUUGAGUCUUCACUAACACUACAGCAAUAUGAUACUACUGAAAAAGAUGUCAAAACCACUGGAUUGCUAAAACAAACAGACCUCAUUGGUACAGGGUCUGUGUCAGAGGAAGCAGAUGAUGGUUCUUGUGGACACAGUACCGCUGAGUACUCUGUACCACAAGAUGGCAAACUGACUGAAGAUGAUAACACUGACCAUGCUGCUUUGGGAAGUGAUUUGGGAAAAGCAGAUAUAGGUUUUGAAACAUCUCAAAGAGCUAUUCAUACUGAGAAACCCUUAACAGAGUAUCCAUCUCUUGCCACUAAAACAGUGGAACUUGAAAGCUGUGUAGUAGAUGCUGCUGAAAGUAGUGCUCCUCCUUUAGUAAGCCCUUAUGAAAAUGUCUCUUCUGAACAAUUUUUUACUGCCUCUGAAAGUCAUGUAGGGUGUGAUAAAAGUCUGCUAUCCGGGGAAGACUAUCCUUCUGAAGGAGGAAAAGAUCACACUGGUGGAGCUUUGCUCAGCAGAGACACAAGCAGUGAAAAUCAAUCUUCAGAGGAAGUAUGUAUGGGAACAGAGGUAAAACAAGAGGAUGUAUUUCAGAAAACAUCACUAGCGUCUUCAGCCUCAGAUUCCACAAAAUUAGCUGAAUCCACCCAUGAGGAUAUAAGAGCCGAAACAGAUAAAUUGAUCAGUCAGGUUGUCAUCACAAAAACUGAUGUGGAUUCUGACAUGUGGAGUGAAAUACGUGAAGAUGAUGAAGCCUUUGAGGCUCGAGUGAAAGAGGAGGAACAAAAAAUAUUUGGGUUGAUGGUAGACAGGCGAUCCCAAGGCACAACGCCUGAUACCACUCCGGCCAGAACACCCACUGAAGAAGGGACACCAAUUAGUGAACAAAAUCCUUUCCUUUUUCAGGAAGGAAAGCUGUUUGAAAUGACUCGAAGUGGAGCCAUUGACAUGACCAAAAGGAACUAUCCAGAUGAAAGCUUUCACUUCUUCCAAAUGGGGCAGCAGCCUCAGGAAGAGGUUUCUUUAUCUGAAGAAAUGAAAGAAGCAGCAGAGGUGGAAUAUUCUGAGCUGAAGAGUUCUCCAGCUCCAUUUUCACUUUCAGAAUUAGAAGACUCAGAUAUACAAGAAAAAGAUGCACUGGAAACUUCACCCCCAGCAUCCGAGUCUAGUGAUAAGUCAGAAGAAAUGACCAGUGUAGGUGUCAGUAUAGGCACCACAAAAGCAGAGCUUAAAUCCAGAAUUCCAAUUAAAAUGGGUAUUUCAGCUUCUUCAAAAUCACCAAAGAAAGAGACUGCUGCCUCUGAAGCUGAGCCCCUCUCCAGAAUGGAGACUGAUAAGGUUGAUAGCAGUCAGGUGCCUUGCCUUACCUCUCCUGAGCAGUCUGUCAUAGAAGAUGAGUUAGAUUUUCCCAAAGUCACUAGAUUUGUUUGUUCUGAACAGGAUGAUGAGUCCCCUGACUCUUCACCAGAGGAACAGAGAUCCGUAAUUGAAAUCCCUACUGCUCUUAUGGAGAGAGUGCCUUCUUGUGAAAGUAAAUCCAAAAUUCCUGUAAGAACAGCUGCUGCGGCUGUAUCACAAUCAUUGCAACAAUCAGAAAAUGAGAACCUUCCCACAGAUGGCUUCCUAGACAAUCUGCAGUGUGAAGCAAAGGAUGACCAAGCAAAACCAAAGUCUAAAAUUCCUGUCAAAGCAGCUUUCCAAAGAGCUGAACAACAAUAUACAUACACAGACGCAUCUGUCCGCAAGCUAGACUCACCCAAAGCUCUUGACAUGACAAGCAAACUACCUAUGAAACAGGAUAACCGAAGUAAAUCUGAGUCUGAUGCGAGUAUUCCCAUGGACCCAAAGACUAAGCGAUCAGUAAAAGCUAGGAGUUAUGCAGAGGCAGAAGCAGAGACCAGGGAGAGGGAGAGAGAGACGAAGCUUGAGCUAGACUCAGAUGAGGCAACAACAGCAAGACUCAAGGUAUUUUCAUCACGGUUGCCAGUUAAAAGCAGGAGCACUACAGCUUCCCGCAGUGCUUCUAGUCCCACAAAAGAAAGUAAGGAACAUUUUUUUGACCUUUACAAAAACUCCAUAGAAUUCUUUGAAGAAAUUAGUGAUGAAGCUUCUAAGUUAGUGGAAAGACUCACGCAGUCAGAGAGAGAACAAGAGUUAGUCUCAGAUGAUGAAAGUAGUAGUGCCCUAGAAGUUUCAGUUAUUGAAAAUGGGCCAUCCAGUGAGACUCAGCAGUCAGUUCCUGAAGACAUCUUUGACACCAGACCCAUUUGGGAUGAGUCUGUAGAGACUCAGAUUGAACGUAUCCCUGAUGAAAAUGUCCAUGACCAUGCUGAAGAUCAACAGGAUGAUCAGGAAAGGACAGAGGAAAGACUGGCCCACAUUGCUGAUCAUCUUGGAUUCAGCUGGACAGAGUUAGCAAGAGAGCUGGAUUUCACAGAAGAGCAAAUCCACCAGAUCCGAAUUGAAAAUCCUAAUUCACUUCAAGACCAGAGCCAUGCACUCCUGAAAUACUGGCUUGAAAGGGAUGGGAAACAUGCAACAGAUACGAAUCUUACCCAGUGUCUUACAAAAAUCAACCGAAUGGAUAUUGUUCAUCUAAUGGAGACCAGCGGCAUAGACUCCAUGCAGGUCCACGGCACUCGCACGUAUGCAGAAAUUGAACAGACAAUAGGAUUGGACCACAGUGAAGGGUUUUCUGCGUUACAAGAAGAACUGUACAGUCCAAGGCAUAAGAAAGAAGAUGAAUAUGGACUAUCUAAAGACGGUGACCCAUCUGAACACCCUCCUAUUGUCUCUGAGGAAGACGUUUCUGUCAGUUCUCCUUUUCAGGACAGUACUCCCAGGAGUGAAGCAGAAAUAUCAAUGGCUGAGCUUCUGAGACAAGCACAUAAGGAACAAGUACAAGCUGAAUUCUCAGGGAAACCCCAAAACAUGUUAGAAAAGCCAUCUGCUGCUUCACAACAUGAAUGUUUUGUCACAACUUCAGGGACAGAGCAGGCUACAGCACUAGUAACUGGAAAGGCAGCAGGCAGCGCAAGCGAAGAAUCCGAACACAUCAGCACAGCAAAGGAAGAGUGUGAAAAACCAUACCCACAGCCCCUGUCAUCCGCUCAACGAGGCGAUUCUCCCAUUGUCCAAGAGCCUGACGACCCCCAGCUCCACCAGGAUGACCUCUCGCCAAGGAGAACUAGUCUAGUGAUAGUGGAGUCAACUGAUGAACAGCCAGAAAAGUUUGGAAGAGGCUAUGAAGAGGAAUCUUUAGAAAAGGAAUUAGCAGAGGAAUUAGGCGAGCUGGAGACCAGCUCAGAUGAGGAAGAAAUGGUAACGACCAGGGUCGUUCGGCGCCGGGUGAUUAUUCAGGCUGAUAGUAUGCCUGAAAUGCCACCAGAAUCAGUCACAGAAGAGCAAUAUACAGAUGAAUAUGGCCACACAGUGGUAAAGAAGGUCACUAGAAAGAUCAUCCGGCGAUACGUUUCUCCGGAUGGCAUAGAAAAAGAGGAAGUCAUAAUGCAAGGAACACCACAACAGCCUGUUAAAGUUGAAGAAGGAGAUGGCUAUUCCAAAGUUGUAAAACGGGUUGUGCUGAAGAGCGACAGUGAACAGUCUGAGGUGACCUUGUCUGAACCUGCUGUUUUGUCUAGUACCUCCAAAUUCCAGUCUGAACCAGUGGAAGGCCGCAAGGUCAGCAAAGUCAUAAAGACCACUGUAGUGCAAGGAGAGAGGACAGAGAAACACUUGGGGGAUUCAAGCUUAGCUACUGAUCUUCCGUCAGCCAAAGACGACUUUGAAGAGGCUUUGAGCUAUACAGGUAACCAAAUGAAAGUUCAACUCCCUGCUUUAGUAGAGAAAGAAAUCAUGAAAGAGGAUGGCUCAAUUAUUAAAAGGACAAGACUGAAUAAAGCCAGCACACAGAAGAGGACUGUGAUGAAGGACCAGUAUGGAAAACAUGUUCACAUAGAAGAGCUGGAAGACGCACCAGAAGCACUACCACAGGAUGACCUUCAACAUGACCUCCAGCAGCUUCUUAGGCACUUCUGCAAGGAGGACUGGAAACACGAAGCAAAGUGAGAAGCUGCCACCCCUCAACAGCAACACAUUAACCAUCCAUCCAGUAUGCAACAUUUAUCUUCUCUAGGUGUGACAUUAUUACCUACAUAAUCACUGGAAGACACUGCCAUUUCUACUUGUGCAGGUGCAGCAAAUUCAUUUUACCCCUGCCCCCCCAUAUUUGAUUUUGGGAUUUUUGUUAUUUUUUUACCCUGUAAGCUAAUUUGUGACCAAAGAUAGCAUCCUUCAUUCAGGAUGAUUUAUCCACCGAAUCGUCGUCUUUGUGCUGUACUGGGAAUUUGUCAGCAUCGCCACUUUUGGCUGUUCCUUUGCUUCUGCACUAGCUUCAUGAAAUUGCAUUUGUCAAGCCAACUUCAUCUACAGGCCUCUUCAAGUGACUAUGUACAUGCAUCAUUAAAAAAGGGGGGGGGGAAGGGGGAUGUUAACAUGUAAACUGUAUAUAGCAAGAGUAUUUGGACUUAAAGACUGCAGAAAACACACUGCCUAUGACUACAAUUAGCAUCAUGGAUUACAAGGUCUAUUGAAACCGCUGAGCAGCGAUGAAUAAAUACUGUUAACGCAAUUGACUGAAAACACAGACCGACCGAGGAGGAAGCACUGCAGAUCUCCUGCCUCCAUAAGACUUCCAGUGUAGGGAUCUAUUACAGUUAAAGGCUCUAAGAGUCAGGCUAAAAACCUGGAAAUUCAGCUGUUCUCAUGAAGUAACAGCUGACUGUGGCCCUGAAUACUUUUAAGACCUUUGGACAGCCACCUAAAGAUUUCCAGAAAGAGGAAAAAUAAUAACAAUAUCCAAUUAGGUAACCAACUUGCUAGCAGCUAUAUCUAUGGUAUAUUUGCAUACAAUAUUAAAAUCUUUUAGAUCUGGACAUGUGGCAGGGUGUAUUAAACAAUUAUAACUACAGUAGUUUCCUGUUUUCAUCACUGCUUUAGCAAACCACACCUGCUGGCCACUGCACUGUAGAUAACUAUGGAAGAAAGACUUACCCACUAUACAAAGAGAUUAAUUAAUUCACCGUGUUUUAUCAAGAUUGCCUCUUACUUGAUACAUGCAUGUGGCAUCUGAAAGUCAAAACCAAAUCCUUCUGUAAUCAUGUCAGCUUGUUAGCCCUCUUAGCACUGAGCGAGCAGUUUUUAUCUUCCAAUCAAGUGUUUUUUAAAAAGAAAGUUGCUCACCAUCCUAGAAAGCCAGUUUCUGUUGAUAUUUUGUUAUCUUUAUAUAUUAUAUAUAUUAUAUAUAUUUCUAAAUCAACCCUCUGAAAACCAUAAUAGCAUGUCUGCACUUUUAUUUUCAAAAAAGGGAACAUAAAGAUCUGACACUUCUGGUGUUCUGUAUCUUAAUAUUUAGUGGUCAGAGCUCUGUAGUGUUCUGGCAAAUACGAUGCAUAAACAGACACACUCUAAAUGUUUUUAAUCAGCUAUUUGUUUUUUUAAUAGUAUACUCAGAAAAAAAGAAAGCUAGUGAAAAAUAAAUCCUGUCCUCUAGGGGUAAUACUUAUCUGGCCUUUGUUUUUGUUUUUUGUUUUUUUUUUUUUAAAAUGACUCACUCAGUGCUCAGAACAAGGGCACUUUCUCAUUAAAGUAAGGAUGCCAAAAGAGUGAAAACAUUUUGGGAGUUCUGGCUUCCUGCAAGCAAAACAAUGCAAGGCAUCAUGCUAACUCUUUUUUUGGCAGACAGAUAGAAAGCAAGUGUUUUGGCAGCCAAAAUGAAUGAGACCCAUGAUGAAACAUUUCAUGAUACAUCAGGGCUUUCUUAUUGUCAAAGACAGCACAGGAUGAUCUUCAAGAAUGGGGCUCUAAAGAAAUGCAUUUCUGUUGUGUUAUUUGCGGUGCAGAUGAUGUUCUGUGUAACAACAUAAUGGUUAUUCACCUCUUCUUAUUUUGAUUUUUUGCUGUGUUAUCAAAGAACUUGAAUACUGUGAGAGAAGUGAAUUUUAAGUUGAUGAAUCAGCAUCUUGUUCCCAUGGUGAUAACACUAAUUGAAUAUAUCUAUGAGGGCAUGUAUUAGUUAAAAAUUAAAAAAAAAAAAAACCACAACACUAACAAUACAUAGCUGCAAUGUGUACAAUGGCUGAUUUAACUAAAUAAAAUGUACAAGUGUUAAAUGUA